AUGGUGCUGCGGGCCGCGGCGCUGGCGAUGCACGCCUGCCUCCUGGCCGCCCUCCGCCCCAGCGACCCCAACGUCUGCAGCUACUGGGAGAGCUUCACGGCGGCGGUGAAGGAGUCCUACACCAAACCCCACGUCGUGUCCUCCACCGAGCCCUGCGCCGGGGUGCCGGGGUCCCCCCUGCCCUGCCUGCAGCAGAGGAUCGUGUACCGCACCGAGUACCGGCAGGCAGUCCGGACCGACUACCGGCGGCGCUACCAGUGCUGCCUGGGCUACUACGAGAGCCGGGACACCUGCGUCCCGCGCUGCACCCAGGAGUGCGUCCACGGCCGGUGCGUGGCUCCCGAGCUCUGCCAGUGCGAGCCGGGCUGGCGGGGUGCCGACUGCUCCAGCGAGUGUGACGAGCAGUCGUGGGGGCCGGGCUGUGGGCACCGCUGCGACUGCCACCACGGGGCCCCCUGCGACCCCCUGAGCGGGGUCUGCUCCUGCCCCCCCGGCUUCGCCGACCCCCUGUGCCGCCAGCCAUGCCCGCCCGGCACCUACGGCCAGGGCUGCCGCCUGCCCUGCCCCUGCCACCACCGGGCCCCCUGCAACGCCUCCACCGGCGCCUGCCUCUGCCCCCCGGGGCUGGCUGGCCCCCUCUGCGAGGUGCCCUGCCCCGAGGGGACGUCCUGCAGCAGCCCCUGCCCCUGCCAGAACGGGGGCAUCUGCCACCCCCCCAGCUCCGGCACCUGCGUCUGCCCCCAUGGAUGGAUGGGGGAGAUCUGCUCCGUGCCGUGCCCCCCCGGGCGCUUCGGCCCCGGCUGCCAGGGCGAGUGUCGCUGCCACAACGGGGGCCACUGUGACCCCCGGGGGGGACAGUGCCAGUGUGCCCCCGGCUUCACCGGAGAGCAGUGCCGGGAGAGGUGCCCGGUGGGGCGGUACGGGCAGGACUGCCGGGAGAGCUGCGAUUGUGCCAACGGGGGCCAAUGCUUCCACGUGGACGGGGGCUGCCUGUGCGAGGCCGGCUUCGAGGGCAGCCGCUGCGAGGAACGCCGCUGCCUGCCCGGCCUCUACGGCCUCCGCUGCCAGAGCCGCUGCCUCUGCCACCCCCAGCACAGCCAGAGCUGCCACCCAUUGCUCGGGGAGUGCGUCUGUCGCCCCGGCUGGGCUGGGCUCUUCUGCAACGAGAGUUGCCCCCCCGGCUCCUUCGGGGCCGGCUGCCUGCAGGCCUGCCUCUGCCUGCAUGGGGGGGCCUGCGACGGGACCACCGGCCACUGCCGCUGCCCCCCCGGCUACACGGACGAGCACUGCUCCUCCCUGUGCCCCCCCGACACUUUUGGGGUGAACUGCUCCGGGCGCUGCUCCUGCCAGCACGCCCUCGCCUGCUCCCCCCUCGACGGCUCCUGCCUCUGCAAGGAAGGCUGGCACGGACCCGACUGCUCGACGCCGUGUCCCACCGGCACUUGGGGUCCCGGUUGCAACCAGAGCUGCGACUGCGCCCACGGGGCUCCCUGUGACCCCCAGAGCGGGACCUGCAGUUGCCCACCGGGCUGGCAGAGCCCCCGCUGCCUGCAGCCCUGCGCGAACGGGACAUUCGGGGUGGGCUGUGGGCAGCGGUGCGACUGCGCCCACGCCGAUGGCUGCGAUCCGGUGACGGGAGAGUGCCGCUGCCUGCCCGGCUGGACAGGGCCGCAGUGCAAGCAGGGCUGCCCCGACGGCUUCUGGGGCCGGGGCUGCCACACGCCCUGCUCCUGCCGCAACGGGGCCGCCUGCUCGCCCCAGGACGGAUCCUGCACCUGCGCCCCGGGGUUCCGCGGCCCCACCUGCCAGCGCCCCUGCCCACCCGGCCGCUACGGCAAGCGCUGCUCCCUGAGCUGCUCCUGCGCCAACGGUUCCUCCUGCCACCCCACCAACGGCUCCUGCCUCUGCGCCCCGGGCUGGCACGGCCCCCGCUGCUCCCAGCCCUGCGCCCCCCACUCCUGGGGGGACGCCUGCGCCCAGCGCUGCCUGUGCCGUCACGGGGGGACGUGCCACCCCGCCGAGGGGACCUGCCGCUGCCCGGCCGGCUGGACGGGGCCGCUCUGCGGAGAAGCCUGCCCCCCCGGGACCUUUGGGCUCCAGUGUGACCAGCUCUGCCGCUGUCCCCACAAUGCCACCUGCCACCCCGCCAGCGGGACGUGCCCCUGCGCCCCGGGCAGGAUCGGGCCCCACUGCGAGGCCGGGACCCCCGAGCAGCCCUACACCAUCGUGCCAGCCCCCCCGGCAGCCUACAGCUCCCUGGGCGUGGUGCUCAGCCUGGUGGCCCUGGUGGCCUUGCUGGUGGCCGUGGUGGCCGUGGCCCUGUGUUACCGUCACCGGCAGAAGGGGAAGGAGAGCCGGCACCUGGCCGUGGCCUACACAGCCAGACAGACGGACACCUCCGACUACAUGGUGCCAGAUGUGCCACCGGGCCACCACGCGCACUACUACUCCAACCCCAGCUACCACACGCUGUCCCAGUGCACGCUGCCGGCCCCCGGCCCCGGCGCCCAGGACAGGGCCAGCUCCCUCAAGGUGCCCGGCACCCACCUCUUCCCCGGCGCGGAGAGACCCUACGGCGCAGAGGGCAACGCCACGCUGCCCCCCGACUGGAAGCACCUCGGGGCGCCGACCGUGGGCCCCAGGGGUAAGGGGGGGCAGCUGGACCGGAGCUACAGCUACAGCUACGGCCUGGGGAAGUACGACGGCAAAGACCACCCCCCGGGGGGGCUGGGGGCCAGCGCCAGCUCCCUGGCCAGCGAGAACCCCUACGCCACCAUCAAGGAGCUGCCCGCGCCCCCCGCCAAGGCCGCCGAGGGCAGCUACAUGGAGAUGAAAUCCCCCGUCCGGAGGGAGAUGUCCUACGCCGAGAUCGGGCUCCUCGAGGAGCCGCCCCGGGAGGAGAAUUGCUCCGGGGGGGCCGAAGGCGUCAGCUCCGCCGCCCCCCCCAGCCAUUACGACUCCCCCAAGAACAGCCACAUCCCCAGCCACUAUGACGUGCCACCCGCCCGCCACUACCCGCCGUCCCCGCCGCUGCGCCGGAAGGACCGCUGAGGGA